UAACGCCGGGCUAACCGCUAACGGUUUGCAAAACAAAAAUUAUGACCAUUGUGCAUCGCGUAAAGCGUUUCGUUUGAAACUGUUGGUCGUCCACUUGUCCGUAGCCAACAUUAACAAUAAUUGUAUAAAUUAUUGGUUAGCUGUACCUUCGAUGAUAGUAAUCCGUCUUGCGUGAGCACGAAACCGAUUCCAGACGUCGUACAACGUUAAUGUGUUCCGUUGUUUGACUGCAGUAUCCAACAUCAUGCACUCUCCGCUGUUCUGUAACCUACCGGUGACCAAUACUACACUGUCUUCAACACUGUUGGCGUCUAUAGACCCGAACAAUACCAGUUAUUCACUGAUCGAGCGGAUCAGAGUGAUUUCAAGCUACAUUGACGAUGCAAAUGAAAGAGAUUUGUACAAUAUCUUUGCCGAUAUCAUAUUUGAAAUUUUUGGACGUGGCUCCGAUAAAGGAUGGGAAUUAGAUAAGCUCAAGACUAGAAUAUCUGAUGAACAAAAAUACAUUUGUCGAGAACCAGACAGUGUGUAUCACUUUUUGUCUAGUAGUGGCCAUAUUUUUAAAUUAUGCUACAAAUUGCUGUCCAACAAUUUGCUAAAAUUUAAUAUUUAUUUUUCUGAUUUGCCAAUUGAGCUUAGACGAAAAAUUGAUAAAUCAUUUGGACAAUCUUAUUAUGGUUCACGAUUUUUGUACCAUGCUGAUUCAAUUUCACCCAUUGGACUAAACUUGAAUUCUUUUGAAUACUAUAUGUUUCAUUUUGCAAUAUAUGGGUUAAAGUUGACCUCUGAUGAUAUUUCUAAUGGCAAUUAUGAUUCUAAUCAACUAUCUGUGUACAAAUUGUUGUGCUUAGAGUAUCUUAAAUUUUUUUUGCCAUUAGAUAAUUCAGCUUCUAUGAUUUUACCCCAAAUACAGUUCAAUGUUUUAUCAGCAAUUCCUAAUCAAAAACAAAAUACAAGUACAAGUAAAUUAUUGAACUUCAUAAAAAAAGAUGUUGCUUCUAAUGAUUUAUUAAGCGAAAACAUUUUAAGUUCAUCUUGGAUGUUGACAUCAGAAGCAACAUGGCGUAGUGAAGUAGUAGCAUUUUUUUUUGCUGAUAUAUGGUUAAAUUGUAACGUAUUGACUAAUGCAUCAUUCAUUGAUUUAACAAAGCUGAUAAGAUGUUUUAUAAAACAUUUACAUUUAUAUUCAAACUGUGCCAAACAUCAGCCAGUAGACAACUUAAAACUAAUAUUGAUGGCUCGUCAUGGUAUACAAAUCUAUCAGUAUUUAUCAUAUUACAUGGUUAAUUGGCCACAAGAUUUUUCAUUUCGCCUUAUGCUUGAAAAUUGGCUUUGUUAUAUUCAACCUUGGCGUUAUGACGAUUUAUCUAAGCAGCAAUGUUCUAUCACAGAAUUAGAAAUGAAUAAUAAAUGGAGAAUUUUUAUCAUCCGAAAUUUACUAUGUUAUACCAAAUUAUUUUAUCUUGCCAUAAAAAGAUUCAUUUGUAUAGAUGUUUGUUCACCAAGAUAUUCGAUUAUGGUUUAUCGGAUGCUAAAAGUUUUUACCCACCCAUAUUUAUUGAAAUUGGUACUUGAUAUAGAACAAAUGUAUACAAGCAACCAACCACAACAUAAAAAAUGGAAUAUGCUAUUGUCUGAAUGUUUGGUUGAGGCUGAAGGUCCGUUGUUUAAAUAUGAACUAAUGUUUUCAGAAGAACGUAAUCGUGAAUAUAAACUAUUUCAUUUGAAACUACAAAAGUCAUUAGAUCAUGUUGCUGAAGAAUUGGGUCGCUAUCAAGAAGACCAAAUAGGUAGAAAUAAUUCAUCUAUGUUGGAAUUAAUUUUAACACCUAGAAAAAAUAAAAUGUCAGAUUAUACUCUUAAUGAGUGGAAAGAUAUUCAAACUAAUCUUAAAUCAUCAUUAAUGUUCAUGGAACAAAUUAUUAAUGUUAAUAUUACAACUAUGCCAAUGAUGGCCGAUUUGUCAGCGUGGUCUAUUUCUGGUGUAAGCGGGAAUAAUACUACUUCAAGCGUAUUCAAUAAAAGUCAUUCUCUUAUUCAGUCAUUUGAACGUAGUACUAUGAAUUUAUCUUUUAGAUCUGUAAUUCGUGCAAAAGAAUGGGAGAUCGACCCAGAUUAUUUGGAAGCUUUAUCCUAUGAAAACUAUUUUCUUGUCAAUCUAAGCAAAUUUUUAAGAAAUACUGUUGAGUUAUAUUGUAAUUCACAGAUCCUACAUUUAUCUACAGAAAAUUCUAUUUUUGCGGGCGUUCUGCGUCAAGCAUUAUUAAGGAAACCAAUGAAGAUAUUUUCCUACGAGCCUAGAAAUGAUGGAUCUGGAAAACGAGUCAGAACGCCUAAAAUUCUUCCACCCACGAUUAGUUUUCGGUGGAUGGCAUCAUACUUUACUCUCUCUUGGAUUUUAUUUUUGUUAACAUUAACUUGGAUGUUUAACAACACUGGCUUUUGGAUAGGCCUGUUCUUUGUCCUGCGUAUUUUAUAUUUAUGUCUAAAAUAUUUAAUUGGGUAUGCACCACCGUUCAGCUGGGACAAUAUUCACGAAAACUAGUUGUUAUGUUAAAUUUUUUGCAUUUAUCUUACUAAAUGUAAAUUUUAAGUUAAAUAACUAAAUUUGUACUGAAUUUAAACUUAUUUCUAUGAUUAUUGUUUUUUUACAUUUGUAUUGUCUUACAACUUGAAGUUAAAUUAAAUGUGUACAUCUUUCUUGAUUAACAACUUUAUUUUACAAUUAUGAAAUUAGACAAGAUAAAAUGUUGUUUUGCAUGACAUUUUCCCAUUAGUUUUAUAAAUUACAAAAUAAAUAUUUUCGUAUUUGUGUACCUAUUAAAUGUUAAUAUAAGAUAUUAUUAAAGUGUCUUUUUAUAAAAAAUUGUAAAACUGUAGGAUCCUUGUAAAAAAAUUGAUGGCACUAAAUGAUUUUUCAGUUCAAAGGAGUUUCUGUGAUAAAGAAACUAAAAUAUAUGGAUAUAGGUUAAUGCGGGACUGUUGUUAUUCUCUGUUGUAAGGAGAUUUCCCUCA